UGUGUUCAAUCGAUCGCUCGAAAGUCAACUUCUGUCAGACCUGCUUAGUUAAACCUAACCUCCUAGACUUCUGGUGGAUAGAAACAAAAUAAUAGUAUCAAAUAUCUCCGAAUUGCAGUGUUUGUGACGAGUGAAUAAAAGUAAUAGAGAUAUGAAUUUACCACGGGUACUUAUCGCAAGCACUGUCAGCGGUAAAGCUGACGACAUAGCUAAAGAAAUUGGAUGCAAAGACUUGCUGUCAAAGGAUGAUGUUAUCAAAUACUACGUCUGGGACAUCGAAAACAAAUAUUACAAAGCACAGGUUCUUUUGUGUACGACAGAUAACCCACUAAUUAAAAUUGAUUGCGAAGGAGUAGAGGGGUUGGUGAUUUAUUUUGAUGGACGACUGGACCGCAGAACAAACUCACUCGACGAAUGGGUACCAUUAAUCAGUUCUCUCUCCGAAGCAGAGGUACAAAUACUUGCAUGGGAUUCUGCAGUUCCAAGUGCAAAUGUUGAAGAUCUUCAGGACUGGUGCACACAGUACAAAUUCGAGCUCGUUGAUUUGAGUCAUACAGAUUCAACGGAGAAUCCGGAUGACUCAGAUGAAGAAAAUGAGAAACAUGGUAUAAACAGAAUUGUAGAAGCACUUCACGCCCACACAUGGCCAAACAUGGAUCUGAAAGGUGACACCACGAUGCCAGAAAAUGUUUGUACAGAUAUCACAGACGUGGAUGAACAACUGCAAGGGGUACAUUUGAAUCCAAUUCACAACGUGUCACAGAGUUUACAGUUAGAGCACAUGUUAGAGGGUAUAAUGGGAGGUGAAAAUGCAGAUUUUGGAGAACUUUUUGGGCAACUGUUGGCGAUGAAAGAACAUGCAGCUUCUCUUCCCGCGAACCAAAGACGAGCCGCUGCCGAGCAAUUGGUUACGGCAUUCUGGAAAGCUAUGGGUGGAGAUUCAGAAGAGAUCGACGGGGUAGAGCAUAACCACUCAUGGAAAACUACCUCCACGAUUUUUUGGUACCAUGUGACCAUCGUGCGUAAGAAAGUGUAGGCAAUCUACGGAUUUCGCCUCGUCGCGUAUUGUUACUCAACUAUGAAACAUAGGUGAGCGAAUCUUAGACUAUUAUCUGGGGAGAAGUUUGAAGUUACUGCUCCAUCAGCCCCCAUACCACAAGUCAUCAAGUUGUUCUCGUUAUUCCUGUUUUUUUUUCCUCAAUUUUUGCUCCACCCGAAAAUCUUUCCAACAUGACAUAAUCACAAUUUCGUAAAAUGUUUCGUAUUGCUGAUGCAAUAUUGUUUGCGGUUCGGAAGGAAGACUUAUAUUUUUUUUCACUCAGAAAUUCUCAUUCCACUAUAAACGUCUCUUCUCAAACUGUAUCUUUGUCUUAGAUUUUUUUGCAUCGAUUAGACUCGAGUAGAAAUACUCUCAAGUAUCGAGCCUUUGACAAAUACUUUGCACUAGACGAUGAAUUCAUAAUUUACGUAACAUGUUAUCAAGUUCACAAAGAAACGAACAACGAACAAACUCCCACUCUUACGCCCCAACAAGAAUAAAAUAUAUUUUUAGUUUUUUUUUAACGGUAAUUUGUUCCAGCGAAAAUGCAAUACUACACUGUCCUAAAUCCGUAUUAUCACAAACUAUACUGAAAUUAUUUUCAACCGAACGUAAAUAAUUCUCCUUCAUACAGAAAAUAUUGUAUUUCAGAUUUUCGUUCUCGAAUGCGAACAAACUAUCUUAAUAUCAAUUUGCAUUAAAAUCAUUCUAGCGACGACAGACGCUCAUCGAGUGCACCCUAAUUGCGAUAGUCCGAGCGGUUACAGUUGUUGCGCGUCAUCGUCUAUAAGGAAGAAUUUAAAGAUCGGAUCUACAGAUCGCUCGUGCGGCGGGCCGACAAUUUUUUCAGAGGUCGAUGAAGGGUCUGUUUUACCAUCAAAACGCAGAUGGCGACCUGGGCUGUAACUUUUAUUUUGCAACUUACAAUUAGUUAGCCCCUUAUAAUUCUGACUUUUCGCAACUUGUCCGAUCUAGUUCAAUAUAUCUAUGGUAAUCUGUUAAAUAGAAUAAAUAAACGAUAAAUUAAUAAGUACAGUGAAAUUUCAUGGCCGUUUGAAAUCAAAACGUUUCCUAGACCCACCUUUAAUUAGGCAUUAUACUGGUGGUCCAAGAUGAUCCUAUACCACGACCUUGGACUUGAACUUUUAUUAGUACAAACGAGAACACCUGUGCGACGUAAAAAGCAAAAAAUGAAAACUAACGUAUCAUAACCCAAAAAAAGAAUUAUGCGAUUCAGACGACUCCAUGAAUUCACGUUCGCAGGUAUACACAUACUAUAUGUAUGUAUAUUUUAUGUACUCUUUCGUCGGUGAGAAGAAAAGAGAUUAUAAGAGUUCAUUUGAAUA